GUGUCCCUCUGUCGCCAUGACUGUCACCUACACGUCGCGCGUGGCCACCGCGCGCUUCGGGGGUUUCUCGCGGCUGCUGCUGCUGUGGCGCGGGAGCAUCUACAAACUGCUCUACCGGGAGCUGCUCCUCUUCCUCACCGCCUACCUGGGGCUCAGCCUGGCCUACCGGUUCCUGCUGUCCGAGGAGCAGCGGCGCCUCUUCGAGAAGCUGGUGCUGUACUGCGACAAAUCGGCCGAGCUGAUCCCCGUGUCCUUCGUGCUCGGUUUUUACGUGGCGCUGGUGCUGGAGCGCUGGUGGGGGCAGUUCCGGACGGUGCCGGCCCCGGACGGGCUGAUGGUGGCCGUGGGCAGCAGCGUGCGGGGCUCGGACGCGCGGGGGCGGCUCCUGCGCCGGACCCUGCUGCGCUACGGGAGCCUGGCGGCGCUGCUGGUGCUGCGGGCCGUCAGCACGCCCGUCUACAAGAGGUUCCCCACCACUGACCACCUGGUGCAGGCCGGGUUCCUGACGCGCGAGGAGCGGCGCCGGCUGGAGGGGCUGCGCUCGCCCUACAACAAGUUCUGGGUGCCGUGCGUCUGGUUCGGGGCGCUGGCGGGGCGGGCGCGGCGCGAGGGGCGCAUCGGGGACGACUGCGCGCUCAAGCUGCUCAUGGAGGAGCUGAGCCGGUUCCGGGCCCACUGCAGCCUCCUGUUCCACUACGACUGGAUCAGCGUGCCGCUGGUCUACACCCAGGUGGUGACCAUCGCCGUGUACACCUUUUUCCUCACCUGCCUGGUGGGGCGGCAGUUCCUGGACCCCGCCCAGGGUUACCCCGGGCACGAGCUGGACCUGGGCGUGCCCGUGUUCACCUUGCUGCAGUUCUUCUUCUACGUGGGCUGGCUCAAGGUGGCAGAGCAGCUCAUUAACCCCUUCGGGACGGAGGACGACGAUGACUUCGAGACCAACACCUUGAUCGGACCGCAACUUCCAGGGCCCCCCGAGGUGUGCCAAAGGUGCUCCCAGGUGACACCAGGUGUAUCAGGGGUGCCCCCAGGUGUGCCCAGGUGCCCCCAGGUGUACCAGGUGUACCAGGUGUACCCCCAGGUGUCCAUGCUGGCGGUGGACGAGCUCUACGGGGGGGUCCCGGAGCCGGAGCGCGAUCGCUUCUGGGACGCCGCCGCCCCCCCGCCCCCCCUACACGGCCGCGGCCGCGCCCCCCCCCGCGCCGCCCCUUCCGCGGCUCCGCCUUCGAGACGUCACAGCCCCGAGCCCCCCCCGGGCCAGGGGGACCCCCAGGAGCGGUGGCUGCUGCACCCCCGGGCCCAGCUGGGGCUCUGA